ACCUGAGCGCCGCCAGGCGAGCUCCCCAAUUUGUUGGCCCUGCCCCCUCCCCCUCGGCGGCGUGCGGGCGGGUCUCAAAGGGGAGGACUCUGCGGCUCGAGUAAGAAGAGGCGGAGGAAGCGCGCGGCCGGCCGAUUGUGGCUGCCGCGCGCCGGGACGCCAAGUCUCCACGCUCUGCACCCACCCGCUGCCGCGGCGCGACCCUGUGUCCCCGCGCUCGCUGACUGCGCGGAGGACAGAGGGCAGUCGCACAGGCCGCGAGCCCGGCGCUCGGGAGCCGGAAAGGGCAGCCGCGCUGCUGGAGUGCCGCUGCCCCGCGCUUCAGAGGGACCGAAGCCUGGCCCGAGGCUGGGAGGAACAGACCUCUGAGCCCAAAGUGGCUGAAUUAGAAGCAUGGCCAGAGACCAGGGCGCGGCGUCCGGCCCUGCCCUGCGGCGGUGGCUGCUGCUUGGGGCGGUAGCAGUGGGACUCCUGGCCCAGAGCGUCCUGGCGGGUGUGAAGAAGCUGGACGUGCCCUGUGGAGGGAGAGACUGCAGCGGGGGCUGCCAGUGCUACCCUGAGAAAGGGGGGCGGGGUCAGCCAGGGCCAGUGGGCCCCCAGGGAUACACCGGGCCCCCAGGUUUACAAGGAUUCCCAGGACUGCAGGGCCGCAAAGGGGACAAGGGUGAAAGGGGUGCUCCCGGGAUCACAGGACCAAAAGGAGAUGUGGGAGCAAGAGGCGUUUCUGGAUUCCCUGGUGCCGACGGAAUUCCCGGACAUCCUGGGCAAGGUGGACCGAGAGGACCACCUGGCUAUGAUGGCUGCAACGGGACCAGGGGAGACGUAGGCCAGCAGGGACCCUCUGGCCCUGGGGGCUUCCCCGGAUCUCCCGGGCCCCAAGGACCCAAAGGGCAGAAAGGCGAACCUUAUGCUCUGUCUAGUGAGGACCGCGACAGAUACAGGGGUGAACCUGGAGACCCUGGAAUAGGCGGGUUCCAGGGGCCUCCCGGCCGCCCUGGGCCUAUGGGACCGAUGGGUCCAGUUGGAAUUCCAGGAAGACCAGGACCGCCUGGACCCCCUGGACCAAAAGGACAGCCAGGCAACCGAGGACUUGGUUUUUAUGGAGAAAAGGGUGAAAAGGGUGACAUGGGACUGCCCGGACCCGAUGGGAUUCCAUCAGACGGCAAUCAUGCCAUCAUCGGGCCCAGGAAUGAAACAUUCCACCCAGAUCAAUAUAAGGGUGACAAAGGAAGUGAGGGGGAACCAGGACGAAUAGGCAUUUCCUUGAAGGGAGAAGAAGGAAUCAUGGGCUUUUCAGGACCGCGGGGUGCCCCUGGCUUCGAUGGUGAAAAAGGUUUACCAGGACAAAAAGGAAGCAGAGGACCAGAUGGUUAUCAAGGCCCCGAUGGACCCCGAGGACCCAAGGGAGAAGUGGGUGACCAAGGCCGCCCAGGCCCACCUGCCUAUUCCCCUCAUCCUUCUCUAGCUAAAGGUGGCAAAGGCGAUCAGGGAUUCCCAGGGACUUCUGGGGAGCAAGGACCCCGGGGUGAGCCAGGAGACCCCGGCCCACCAGGUCCCCCUGGCACAUCCAUCAGAGAUGAAGAUGGGAAGAGAGGCUUCCCAGGUGAAAUGGGACCCAAAGGCUUCAUAGGAGACCCGGGCCUCCCUGCGCUAUAUCCUGGCCCACCAGGAGCUCAUGGAAAGCCAGGGCUUCAAGGACCACCAGGGCCCACUGGACCACCUGGACCCGAUGGUUUCCUUUAUGGCCUUAAAGGAAGAGAAGGAGAGGCGGGCUUUCCUGGGACUUCUGGUUUCCCUGGGGCUCGUGGACAGAAAGGAUGGAAAGGUGAUGAUGGAGACUGUAAAUGCGCAGAAAGUGAUCAGUUCAUCAGGGGUCUUCCGGGGCUGCCAGGACCCAAAGGCUUUCCAGGCAUCAAUGGGGAGCCAGGGAAGAAAGGGAGCCAAGGAGACCCCGGCCAUCACGGCAUCCCUGGUUUCCCAGGGUUCAAGGGAGCCCCCGGUGACACUGGACCUCCUGGACCCAAAGGGCUGAAGGGAGACUCCAGAACAACUACCACCAAAGGUGAGAGAGGACAACCAGGUGUCCCAGGUGUGCCUGGUUUGAAAGGCGACGACGGCAUCCAGGGGCGUGAUGGGCUCGAUGGAUUCCCAGGCCUUCCAGGCGCUCCUGGUGAUGGUAUCAAAGGCCCCCCAGGGGACACAGGUCACCAAGGAGCACCCGGCACUAAGGGCAUUCCAGGAGAAAGAGGUCCCCCAGGAUUGGGCCUGCCAGGCCCCAAAGGCGAGCGUGGUUUCCCCGGAGAUGUCGGGUUACCUGGACCACCAGGUUUCCCUGGCCCUCCUGGCCCCCCCGGCACUCCAGGACAAAUAGAUUGUGAUACAGGUGUGAAAAGGCCCAUUGGAGGUGACGGGCAGGACAUCAUCCAGCCAGGUUGUGUUGGAGGGCCCAAGGGAUUGCCAGGCCAGCCAGGACGCCCGGGCCCCAGAGGUGCCAAAGGCCUCAGAGGGACACCAGGAUUCCCAGGAGCCGAUGGAACACCAGGACUGAAGGGUCUCCCAGGAGAUCCAGGUCGUGAAGGAUUCCCAGGACCCCCAGGGUUUGUGGGGCCCCGAGGAUCCAAAGGUGCAGCAGGCCUCCCUGGCCCAGAUGGACUCCCAGGUCCCAGCGGCACGCCAGGGCCAGUUGGGCCCCCAGGAGACAGGGGCCUUCCUGGCGAAGUCCUGGGAGCCCAGCCUGGUCCCCGGGGAGAUGCUGGACUGCCUGGACACCCUGGGCUGAAAGGCCUUCCCGGAGACAGAGGCCCUCCUGGUUUCAGGGGUAAGUCACCGUGGCAAGAGAGGGGAACGAAGGGCCCCAUCCCACUGCACUGUGGCUCCCUGUGUUUCUUCAUCCUGUUUUGUUUUUAUUCCCCCCUCUCUUUGACAGGUCUGCCUGGAGACAGAGGGGAGCCAGGUGACACAGGUGUCCCUGGCCCUGUGGGCAUGAAGGGUGUCUCUGGUGAUAGAGGUGACCCUGGUUUGUUGGGAGAGAGAGGUCAUCCAGGAAACCCUGGAUUUAAAGGAAUGGCGGGAAUGCCUGGUAUCCCUGGGCCAAAAGGGUUUAGAGGUUCACCUGGGAUGGAUGGUUUCCAAGGCAUGCUUGGGAUCAAAGGAAGACCUGGGUUUCCGGGAAACAAAGGAGAGGCUGGAUUCUUUGGAACUCCAGGGCUGAAGGGUCUGGCUGGUGAGCCAGGUGUGAAAGGAAACCGAGGGGACCCCGGCCCUCCAGGAUUACCUCCCGAGAUCCUGCCAGGAAUGAAAAACAUGAAGGGGGAGAAAGGAGAUGAAGGGCCUAUGGGAUUGAAGGGAUACUUGGGCUUAAAAGGUGAGGCAUCGCCAACAGGCUCAGUCUUCCCUCUGAGCUGUCAGGCCGGUGACAAGGGUGCUCCAGGGACAGCAGGUCUUUAUGGCGAGAUUGGCCCCACAGGUGAUUUUGGUGAUAUUGGAGAGACUAUAGAUUUACCAGGAACUCCGGGCCUGAAGGGGGAACAGGGUGUCAUUGGAAUACCAGGUCUAAAGGGAUUCUUUGGAGAGAAAGGAACAGCGGGUGACAUCGGCUUCCCAGGAAUAACAGGCAUAACAGGAGUCCAAGGUCCUCCCGGAUUUAAAGGACAAACAGGCUUUCCAGGACUGACAGGCCUGCAGGGGCCGCAGGGAGAGCCAGGCCGGGUCGGAGUACCUGGUGACAAAGGAGACUACGGCCGGCCAGGGGUCCCAGGCUUACCAGGUUUUCCAGGCAUCCGAGGCAUCGGUGGAUUACAUGGCUUGCCAGGCACCAAAGGCUUUUCAGGAUCUCCAGGUACAGACAUCCAUGGAGACCCAGGUUUCCCAGGUCCUGCUGGAGAGAGGGGUGACCCAGGAGAAGCCAACACCCUUCCAGGCCCUACUGGAGCCCCAGGACAAAAAGGCGAGCGAGGAGCUCCAGGGGAACGAGGCCCAGUCGGGAGUCCAGGACUUCAGGGGUUUCCAGGCAUCACGCCCCCUUCCAACAUCUCUGGGUUCCCUGGUGACAAAGGGGCACCAGGGAUAUUUGGCCUGGAAGGUUAUCGAGGGCCCCCAGGGCCACCUGGGCCUGCUGCUCUUCCUGGAAGCAAAGGAGAUGAGGGGAACCCAGGAGCUCCAGGAAACCCGGGGACCAAAGGAUGGGGUGGGGACCCCGGGCCCCAGGGCCAGCCUGGUGUGUUCGGUCUGCCAGGAGAAAAAGGGCCCAGAGGUGAGCAAGGAUUCAUGGGAAACACAGGCACCACCGGAACUGUGGGCGACCGAGGCCCAAAGGGACCCAAAGGAGACCGAGGACUCCCGGGUUCCCCCGGUCCUUCAGGAUCCCCAGGGAUUGUAGGAAUCCCCCAGAGGAUUACCGUCCAGCCGGGGCCAGUGGGCCCACAGGGAAGAAGAGGCCCCCCUGGAGCACAGGGAGAAAUGGGGCCCCAGGGUCCCCCAGGAGAACCAGGUUUCCGUGGGGCUCCAGGGAAGGCAGGUCCCCAGGGAAGAGGUGGUGUGUCUGCUGUUCCUGGAUUCCGAGGAGACCAAGGGCCCAUCGGGCACCAGGGGCCAAUUGGCCAGGAAGGGGAGCCAGGCCGCCCAGGGACCCCUGGCCUGCCCGGCAUGCCUGGCCGCAGCGUCAGCAUCGGCUAUCUCCUGGUGAAGCACAGUCAGACAGACCAGGAGCCGAUGUGCCCUCUGGGCAUGAACAAGCUCUGGAGUGGAUACAGCCUGCUCUACUUUGAAGGCCAGGAGAAAGCCCACAACCAGGACCUAGGUAGGUACUGCCCGCCAAGCCCCCGGGGCCAGCUCAGAUGGAGGUGGUCAGGAUCCAGUGGCCAUAGUGAGGUUCGUGGAUCCUGUAAGGCAGAUGAGCCUCUCCUGAUUGAAACACUGGACCCAUCACAUUUCUGGGGAUUUCAAAAGAGAUUAGCAUGGCCUUCAAUGCGCCUAAACCUCAGGUCAAGACCACAGAGACCUCCCUUCCUAUACUGCAACCCUGGUGACGUCUGCUACUACGCCAGCCGGAAUGACAAGUCCUACUGGCUCUCCACCACCGCCCCACUGCCCAUGAUGCCUGUGGCUGAGGAUGAAAUCAAGCCCUACAUCAGCCGCUGCUCUGUGUGCGAGGCCCCAGCUGUCGCCAUAGCAGUCCACAGUCAAGACGUCUCUAUCCCUCACUGCCCAGUUGGAUGGCGGAGUUUGUGGAUUGGAUAUUCCUUCCUCAUGCACACGGCCGCAGGUGAUGAAGGUGGCGGCCAGUCGCUGGUGUCACCAGGCAGCUGUCUGGAGGACUUCCGGGCCACGCCUUUCAUUGAGUGCAACGGGGGGCGUGGAACCUGCCACUACUUCGCCAACAAGUACAGCUUUUGGCUCACCACCAUCCCUGAGCAAAGCUUCCAAGGCUCGCCCUCUGCUGACACGCUCAAGGCGGGGCUCAUCCGGACGCACAUCAGCCGCUGCCAGGUGUGCAUGAAGAACCUGUGAUGCGCUGCUGUUCACAGGAGCCGCCCCACCCAGAUGCACUUCUCUGCAGGUCGACCUUCAGCUGCGGGGGGGGCCACUUUGGUGCUUAUUCUUAACUUAUUACCUCAGCUGCUGACACUAAGAUCAAUUCCAUUGUUUUUUUUAAAAAACAAACAAAAAGGCCACAAAAGGAAUUCAGCACCUAUAUUUAUACCAAAUAGCCCCUUGUCAUCCAUAGAUGCUGGCCACUGUCUCCACUCUGCAGAAUGAAGCCCGCCUCUGUGACACCCUGUCUCUCCAAAAUGGAAACUAUUAACAGCCCCAGCACUCCCCAUGAGGCCAUACUAGACUAUUACUCACUAGAUGUAGCUAACUUCUUAAUGUGUACCUAUGUAGUCACUGCACUUCCAAAUGCUGCAGACAACUCACUUACUUAACUCACUUAAUGGAGUGGUAUAGACAAACGAAGCCAUACAGUCCAAGGGCUCUUGAACUCACUCCCACUGUUUCCACAUGGGUCUCCUGGAGACAGGCCCAGCCCUGCUCUCAAGGCCAACAUGACCUUCUCCCAAAUACUGUUGAUGUGAAUUAUCCUAAUCCCCGCAAGAACACCAAAAAAACACAGAUAGUCACACACCAGCUUGUCAUUCUUUCCACCACAUUGUGUUUGGCAAAACUUACAUAGAAGCAAAGACCUAAUUUGACCACAAACUCCGCUGAGGUGGAAAUGACCUAUCCACUACCCCAGGCGAUCUUGGGAAGUUACCCUCCAUUCUUCGUGGUUGUACUCCUGUGACUACUCUAGCCUCUGUAACUACCGUAGAAUAAAAGAGGGUUUUGAACACUUUUAUACACCCA